AUAGAAAUGAAGAUCUGUAUAUUGGCUAUGCGGCUGUGUCUUACAACAAUACAUUAUACAUCUGGGAGGAGUAGAGGGAAGAGAACAAAAACCAGUUCACAGUUAGUGUUCACUACAGCACCAAGCCACUCACAAGCCUCACUCACAGUGAGCGAGGUCCAUUGCAUCUCUCAUCAGCGGGAAUGUCGUGACCCUGUCACAUAAAUCCCUCAAGCGUGUUAGCAGAGUGUCACCGGAAAACAGAAGACAUUUUAUUAACAUUCGAUUAUACCCGCUUACAUAGAACCACUAGACGCGCGCGAGUCAUUCGACCCCACAACACUCCUUCAAGCAGGUCAAUCGAUAAUACCACAAGUUCACAGCAAACUCCAGGCAGCGACCAAAUCGGCUUGACAAGACUCACUCGGCACAACACUAAACACCCGCCACUCAUAGAAAAUGGGAGAAAAUAAGAGAAGAGAAAUAAUUAUUGCCAUAGAUUUCGGCGCGACUUAUAGCGGCUUCGGCUUCGCUGCAUUAGGAGCUGUUAACUCUGCGGAUAUUCAUGUGUUCCGAGGAUGGGGCCGUGGCCAAGGCUUCAGCUUUUACAAGACGCCAACGUGUGUGUUACUGACCGAGGAGGGUGAAUUCUACCGGUUCGGUCAUGCUGCUCUUGAGACAUACGCAAAGUACUUAGCUAGAAAUGACGGGCCGGAGAUGCUUUUCUUCGACCGUUUCAAGCUGCUUCUUUACAACGCAAAGAAUCUAGACAAGGAAACGCGUGUCACGGCAGCUAACGGCCGCUCAGUCUGCGCCCUGGAUUUGUUCGCCGUCUGCCUAGAAUACCUAAAGAAGGUUGCCAUGGAAACCAUCAAUAGUACGCUGAACAAGAACGCCGACACCGCCAGGUACCAGGCCUCAGAUGUGGCGUGGGUGUUGACGGUGCCUGCGAUAUGGGAACCAGCGGCAAAGGAAUUCAUGCGCGAAGCAGCGUAUAUCGCAGGUCUAGCAUCCCAGGAAGACCCGGAGCAACUUCUUAUAGCGCUUGAGCCGGAAGCAGCCUCGUUCUACUGUCGAGGCUUAGAGAUGAGUGACUUUGUAGGAGAGACUGGGGAACAAUUGGUUAAUGAUAUGCUUCGCGGUACUUCCGGUUCUUAUAUGGUCAUCGACAACGGGGGAGGGACUUUAGAUAUCACUUCUCACCAGCUGCAAAAAGACGGCACGGUCAAGGAGAUACAUUGCCCAACAGGGGGACAGCUAGGAGGGAUGUGUGUGGACCAGGAAUUCAUCGCAAUGCUGAAGAAGAUCCUUGGCGAUGAUUUUAUCACACAAUUUAUACGGGACUACCCCAAUGAUUGGCAGAAAAUAAUGAGCGACUUCGAGAUUCAGAAACGCGCCGAGCACGGAAUCGACAACGAAGAGAUCAGCAUCGUUCUCCCGUACAACUUCGUGAAUGCGUACAGUCAAGUAAUUGGCACGGACGAUAACAUCAACGAGAGUAUGCGCCUGUAUUUCCGCGAAGACGAGGUGACGCUCAGGGACGGAUAUAUGUACGUUAACCUGGACAUCAUCAAGAAGUUCUACCAGCCAGUCGCCGACAAAACUAUAGACCUUAUCAAGAGUUUGCUUAACAAGGAAAGGUUGGGUGAAGUGGAGACAUUGUUCUUAGUUGGAGGGUUCUCGCAGUCGGUACAUUUACGCCGUGCUAUUGUUGAGGCAUUCCCGAAUAAACGUAUUCUGACGCCAAGAGAAAGCGAACUAGCCAUUAUCAAAGGCGCAGUGAUGUUCGCGCAGAACCCUAAUCUCCUAUCAGCGCGUGUCAUGGCUAGAACAUACGGUAUAGACAUUAAUGAAAAAUUCGAAACUGGAAAGCACCCUGAGACGAAGCGAAGCCGUAUAGAUGGCGUGGAUUUUUGUGAGGACGUUUUCGAUAUUUUAGUGAAAGAAGACGAAGAGGUCAGAGUCGGAGAAAAGCGAUCGUUCUUCUUCUCUCCCGUGCACCCGUUGCAGACGUUAGCAAGGCUGCGCUUCUUCAGUACUAAUAACAAGUCGAUUGGGUUUACCACAGACGCGGGCGUGGUCGCUGAGAACGUCCAGUUCGAGGUGGUCAGUCCGGACACCAGUCAAGGAUUGUCCAGGAAAAUUGAACUGGACGUGUAUUUCGGCGGAACUGAAAUUAAAGUAAGCGCCAUUGACGUCACUUCCGGAAGCUCAGCAAAGGCGGCACUCAGACUAGUCACCAAGACGCUGGCGUGACUUACGCGUAUUAUGACUAGUAACUUGGUGUGACAUGCACUGAUAUGGCGUGACAAUGACGUCAAAGGCUGGUCGCUAAGGUUGGUCACCUUUACGUGCGUGGAGAGGUGUGAUAUUGCGGUCUAAGGUUGGUCAGUCACAAUUUGAUUUGAUUUGCGCAAAUGAGAAUGCGUUCAAUAAGACUCUCUUAGUGCGAAUGCAGUCUCAAAAUACAUCACUAAGCUGUUGACUCUAGUGUGAAUGUGACCGGAGUCACCACGCUCACAUGCACCGAAAAAUAAUGUUGUAUUUUGAAUGAAAAUUCUCAUGUUCAAAAAAUAUAAUUUCUCGAGUACGUUCAAGUAAGCAGAGUAAAAUAUAUAAUUAGUCGAUUCAUAAGGACUUUAACGUUGUGUAGUAGGAUCUCUAUUUGAAAAUGCGUGUAGUUAGGGCCAAGUCCUGGAAAAAGGUCAGAGAAUUGUAAAAAAGAAAUUAAUACGAGAAUUCCUCCAGGUGAACCAGCACUGUGACCUUUAUAUUUGAACAUAAAUCAUCAGAACAUUGGAAUUUACGUAGAAUGUAUAUUUAUCAGUGAAACAAAUACAAUUUGUAUGAAGGAAUCCUUCAUGAAGUCUGGGACUAUGCUGAACACAGGAAACCCGAUAAGAACGCCUGGGACUAGGCUGAACACAGGAAACCCGAUAAGAACGCCUGGGUCUAGGCUGAACACAGGAAACCCGAUAAGAAUGCCUGGGACUAGGCUGAACACAGGAAACCCGAUAAGAACGACUGGGACUAGGCUGAACACAGCAAACCCGAUGAGAACACCUGGGACUAGGUUGAACACAGGAAACCCGAUAAGAACGACUGGGACUAGGCUGAACACAGCAAACCCGAUGAGAACACCUGGGACUAGGUUGAACACAGGAAACCCGAUAAGAACGACUGGGACUAGGCUGGAGAAACAUAUUAGUUUCUUAUACGGUGCAAUAUAGAAAGGACGGUUAAUAAAGUUCCUUACAGGGCCUA